AUGGCUGCUUCUACACGCACAGCACAGCUCAUCGCCCUUGUUGGCAGGAGCUCCUCUCCGAGGGUGGGCGCCACCGUCUUGUCUUCGCCUGCACGCCGCCUCUUCCCCGCCGUCCAACAUCGGUCCUUUGCCUCAUCGCCGGCCCGCGCCGGCCAGCUCGACGGGAAGCGCAUUAUCGUAACAGUCGGUGCCAUGGGCAUUGGCGAGUCGGUGGUGCGCGCAUAUGCGGCCGAGGGUGCCCGCGUUUGGUGUGACGGCCACGGGGCCUGGGUCGGUCGCCUGUCUGCCUGUCGACGUGUCGUCCAAGGUGUCGGUGGCCUCGACGUCAUGGUCAACGUGGCCGGCAUCCAGAAGCACGCUGUGCCCGAAGACGUAUCCGAGGAGCUGGUCGAGGCCAUCAUGAAGGUCAACCUCUUUGGCACCCUCUACACAAGUUCUGUCGCCUACCACCUCUUCAAGAAGUACGGCGGCGGCGGUGUCAUCCUCAACUUUGGCUCCUACGAGGGCCUUACCGCCGGCCACCACAACGCCAUCUACGGCGCCACCAAGGGCGGCGUCCACACGUGGACUCGCAGCGUCGCGCGUGAAUGGGGCCCUGCCGGCGUGCGUGUUAAUGCCGUUCUGCCCUACGUCGCCACCCCUAUGUACGACGAUUUCAUCGGCGCCAUGUCGCCCGAGCAGCUCGCUGCCCACAAGCGCGAGCUCAAGGAACAGUUCCCUCUCGGUGGCAACCUCGGCGACCCGCUCAAGGAUCUAGGCCCCGUUAUGGUCUUCCUCGCUAGCGAUGCCUCGCACUGGAUGACCGGCCAGUUGUUCCCUGUCGACGGAGGGUACGUUGCAGUUCGUUAG